AAUUAGAUCCCUUUCCCGUUCUGUUCUGUGGUGUGUGUGACUGUACUAUAUAAGAGGCGUCUUCUUCCUACUCCUUUCAACAAACAACUCCAACUCCUCCUCUUUCCUUUCAAUUCGGUGGCGUUCCAAUCGCAUCACGUUCAUUCAGAUCAGAUCUCUUUCUUCAACUUCACGUUACAACCUAAUUUCUGAUUUGUUUCUGCGGGCGAGUGCGUGUGAUUGUUGAAUUGGAGCUGCUGGAAAUGGCGGGUGAAUCGCAGAAUUGGGUGCUGAUGGUGACUGCUCAGACACCAACCAACAUUGCUGUGAUCAAGUAUUGGGGGAAGAGGGAUGAAACCCUAAUCUUGCCGGUCAAUGAUAGCAUCAGCGUCACUCUUGAUCCCAGUCACCUCUGCACCACCACCACUGUUGCUGUGAGCCCCAGCUUCCAGAAAGAUCGUAUGUGGCUCAAUGGCAAGGAGAUUGCUCUUUCUGGUGGAAGGUUCCAGAGCUGUUUAAGGGAGCUCCGAAAGCGUGCUUGUGAUGUUGAGGAUAAGAAAAAGGGUAUUAAGAUCUCGAAAGAGGAUUGGAGCAAAUUGCACUUACACAUUGCUUCAUACAACAACUUCCCAACUGCAGCUGGACUGGCUUCGUCAGCUGCGGGUCUUGCAUGUCUUGUUUAUUCCAUUGGGAAGCUAAUGAAUGUCAAAGAAGAUGAAAGUCAGCUAUCAGCUAUUGCAAGGCAAGGAUCAGGUAGUGCUUGUCGCAGCUUAUUUGGGGGGUUCGUGAAGUGGAUAAUGGGAAAAGAGGAAGAUGGAAGUGAUAGUCUUGCAGUUCAACUUGCUGAUGAAAAACACUGGGAUGAUCUUGUUAUUAUUAUUGCUGUUGUUAGUUCACGUCAGAAGGAAACUAGUAGCACCUCUGGAAUGCGGGAGAGUGUUGAAACAAGUUUGCUUUUACAACAUAGAGCAAAGGAAAUAGUGCCAAAGCGGAUACUGCAAAUGGAGGAAGCCAUUAGGAAUCGUGAUUUUGCUUCCUUUUCACGGCUGACCUGUACUGAUAGCAACCAGUUUCAUGCUGUUUGCCUGGAUACGUGGCCCCCUAUAUUUUACAUGAAUGAUACUUCACAUAGGAUAAUCAGCAUCAUUGAAAAGUGGAACCGUUCAGAAGAAUCUCCCCAGGUAGCUUAUACAUUUGAUGCUGGGCCAAAUGCAGUCCUAAUUGCACGUAAUAGACAAACUGCUGCCCUUUUACUUCAGAGGCUGUUAUACUACUUCCCUCCAACUUCGGGUGACCUCGACAGUUACAUUAUUGGCGACAAGUCCAUUACAAAAGAUGCUGGGAUAAAUGGAAUACAAGAUGUGGAAGCUUUGCCACCACCUCCAGAAAUUAAAGAUAAUAUUCCAUCACAAAAGUUCAAGGGGGAUGUUAAUUACUUCAUAUGCACCAGACCUGGGAGGGGACCCGUUUUGCUUUCUGAUGAAAGUCAAGCUCUUCUCAACAGUGAGAAUGGGCUUCCCAAGUGAGUUCAUGGCAAGUAUUCUUCACAAGGUGGAUCUACUAUUCAUCAGGCUUCAUUUUGUGGCUUUAAUAGCCUCAAAUAUUUUGACGACAGACAGUAGCCGUUCCAGCAUGAUUUGUUCUUUCCUAGUUGGCAGUUACAGUUUAUUUAUGUACCUGUAAUUCUUGUUUAAAUUAUAGAUAGGCUAUUUUCUUAGAGAAAAAUAAGGCUCGUCUCUCUCCUCUAUUGGCACCAUAAAUUCAUUUAGCUUGCAAACUAAAUCCAUCA